AAAAAAAACACGAAGAAGAAGACAGCCUUAAAAACAUCCGUGUUCAGUAGAGUUUGAUAGUGUGACUCAGAGGAGAUUUUUAAGAUGCCGGGGACAUACUAACAGCCGUCACCUUACUUCACAGCAACAUAGUUGUCAGUUGACGUCCGAGGAGGAAGAAAUGCCGCCUUUAGCUGGAGCUGAGUUGGUCCAGACACCAGUGCAGCUCUAUCGGUUUCUCCUCAGAUGUUGCAGGCAGUUGCCAACUGCAGCAAUGCAGCAGCACUAUCGGCACACCAUAAGACAGGGUUACAACAGCCACUCAGAUGAAGAUGACCCAGAGAGGAUACAAAUGAUAAUCCAAAGAGCAAUAGCAGAUGCUGACUGGAUUCUUCAUAAAUAUACCAAGAAGUAAGGUUCAUAGGGGUGGUUGGUGGAUUCUGUCCAUGGUUCACAGUUGUGGAUGUACUGUUUCUGGCUCUGAGGUCUGAGUGUCUCUGCCGUUACAGUUUUUGUUCUCAGUUUUUUCAGUGUGAAGUGACUACAUAGCCAACAUGAAGUUACUGCUCAAUUCAGUAAAAUAUUUAAACAUGUUCAUACUGCUCUUAGAAUGAAAUGUGUUGACUAUGUACUGUUUAUCUUUUUUUAAAUAAAGUAAUUAUCAAUA